GUACUUUUGUAAACAUGGCGGCUCGCCUGAAGUAGAUUACGGUAGAUCUAAAGAAUUUUGUGAUCUUCAUGUCCAUGAAAGGCUGUUUUGUAGCUUGAUGUGAUGCUUUGAGAGCGUCAGAGUUAUGCAGCCAGAGAACAGUAAGCAAGGCAUUGACCUGACAUCCAUUAAAACCUUGAAAAAGCAGGAAAUCCCACAAGAACACUGUUAUGGACGAUGUAGGCCAGUCACAGAGUUUGAAAAACUCAAUCGCAUUGGAGAAGGAACUUAUGGUGUGGUUUACCGAGCUCGUGACACUGUUUCAAACAAAGUAGUUGCACUGAAAAAAGUAAGAAUGGAAAGAGAGAAAGAUGGGAUACCUCUCAGUGGAUUGCGGGAAAUAAGUCUUCUGUUAAAUUUGGAACACAAGAAUAUUGUAAAGCUCACAGAAGUAGUUGUAGGAAAACACCUGGACAGUAUUUUUCUUGUCAUGGAAUACUGUGAGCAAGAUCUGGCAAGCUUGCUCGAUAACAUGACAUCUCCUUUUCAAGAAUCACAGAUCAAAUGUUUUAUGUUACAGCUUCUUCAUGGUGUACAGUACCUUCAUGAGAAGUUUAUUGUGCACAGAGAUUUGAAAGUAUCAAAUCUAUUGCUAACUGGGAAAGGAACUCUUAAGAUUGCUGACUUUGGUCUGGCCCGCACAUUUGGUUACCCGUACAAAGCCAUGACACCGAUUGUGGUGACCCUGUGGUAUCGUGCGCCAGAGCUCUUGCUUGGCUCCAGAGUACAAACCACAGCGGUGGAUAUGUGGGCCGUGGGCUGCAUUUUUGGUGAGCUCCUUGACAAUAAGCCCCUUAUGACUGGCAGAUCAGAGAUCAACCAGUUUCAGCUCAUCGUGGAUCUACUUGGAGCACCAAGCGACCAGAUUUGGCCAGGAUUUUCAAGCCUGCCUGGAGCCAAAUCCAUGAACUUCAAACGCCAGCCCUACAAUAAUCUGAAACACAAAUUCUCGUGGUUGAGUCCCGCGGGGCUGACUCUGAUAAAUCAUUUAUUGAUGUACGACCCAUGUAAAAGAGCUUUGGCGGCCGAUUGUUUGCAGAACUCGUAUUUUGUCGAAAAACCACUUCCGGUGGAACCGGAUAUGAUGCCAACUUUUCCUGAGCACCGGAACCGGAACUACAAUAAGAGGCCGUCUGAUUAUCGAGCUGGAGAGAGGCGACCUGUUCCCCACGAGACAGAGUAUGAGUUUCGAAGAGGGUUUGCUGAUUUUGGGCCUCAGUUGCCUCAAAAGAAGAAAAAGAAAUGAAACUGAUGAUGAUUUUUGGUUGCUUGUUUAUUAUCAACUUUGCAUUUGUCUCGUGUUGUUUUCAGAAAAAACAAAUCGGAGGCAUAUCUUGAAGAUCUGUUUUGGCUUUUAUUCCCUGCAGAGCACUGUAGCUGGCAUGAUCGAGGAAGGCAUGGGGCGAGCAACAAUGUGGCCCCCAUCCCCUCCAUUCGCAAUCUCUCCUUCCCGGUUUCCCCACGAACAACAUUUAUCUCACCCCAGGCCUUGCUCCACCAGGCGGCAAACAACACUUGAUCAGUAUGUUUUGCGCCCGUGUAUAUUUAUGCAAUCUAUCUUCAAGAUGACCUAAAAUUAGCAACAUGAAAAGCUACGGGACGUGUCACAAAAACUGAGAAAAUAAACGGAAGGACCGAGACUUAAAAAAGGCGAAAUUAAAAACAAUUAUUGGGUUUACGCAGGAAAGGCUGGGGUUUUGUCCAGAAAACCCUCUUGCAUAUCGACGUGUUCAACUAAAAAAAUAAUUUGAAAAUUUUGGUCAAUACUCUGUUCCUUUUCUCCAAAACAAAACGGCUAAAAAACGAUAAAAAUUAAUAUCGGAGUGUAAAGGGCAUAUCAGUAAUUGAAAUACUCUGAAACACAAUACUGUGAUCUGAGAGUAAAAAUAUAGACGAGAAUAUUCUCAGGCUUACAUCUUCAAAAAGAUAAUUGUAUUAAGGUUGGACAUGAAAAUAUUCACUGUAGUAUUGCAUGAAAGUGUAUGCAGGAAGUUGAGAACAAAAUCUAUCUCUAGCUACACGAUUUUAAAACUGUUUGUCAACACAUGAGCUUAAUGUGGACACAGUAACUUGGUUGUAGUAAUGACGUUAUCACAAAAGCAUUUACCAUAGACUUGACUGAGUGGGUGUUUGAUCUAAAAGAGUCUUGUGGUGUCAUUAUUGAUAUUAUAAUUUAGGUUUUAUUGCUCAACAUUCUCGAAAUUUCACAUUUGAGAGGUUAUCGUCACCUUUUAAACACUGACAUAUGCAUACUUUUCUUGAAGAAAGUUGUGUUUAGAUAGAUUUUCCUGAAAUAAAUUCUAGGCAUCAUGG